AAAACAGUAAGAUUAAAAAGUAAAAAGUAAAAAAAAAAGAAAAAACAGUCCUUGUUUGAUUUAUAUACUUUUCCAAAAAAUGCCAAGGUGACCUCACAUACAUGACACAUGCCUCUUUGUAUAGGAUAGUAUAUAUAUUCAAACUCCUAAAUCUCUUCUCAUUUUUAGACAGAUCUGUAGCAAACACAAGCUACUCAAGGUAUGGGUUGUUUAUACUCAUUUUGUCGCUAUUGUCAUGCACUCUAAGUGUGGAAUUGUUACUAUUUGAAUUGAUAGUCAUUGUAUUCAAUGUACAGUCUAGUCUCUCAUGAUAUUCAUACCAGUUUUCGUC